UAGUAAUUUUUUAAUUUAUUUUUGCCUGGUAUGAAGUGCUAGUACUGGUGAAAAACCAAGCAAAACCCCCAAUCCCCAAUGUCCAGAUUCUUCCCUCUCCCUCCUCACCCAUUCACAGCUCCCUUUGUUUUUUGAGCACCACCACAUACCGACCUACCCACCAUACAAACACAGAGAGAGUACCAAGAACAAAGGGAAAACAAGAUCUAAUCAUGAAACGGGAGCACUCAAAUCAGCAUCUUCGGUUAGACCCAACAUCUGCCGGCAGUUCUUCUACUGCCUAUUCUUCCAUGGCGGCUACAUCGGCGGCGCCUGAUACUAGUUGUAAAAGCAAGAUAUGGGAAGACGAAGCACAAGGUGAUGGUGGAAUGGAUGAGCUUUUAGCUGUUUUGGGUUAUAAGGUAAGGUCAUCCGACAUGGCAGAAGUAGCUCAAAAGCUUGAACAACUUGAAGAAGUUAUGUGUAAUGUACAGGAAGAUGGACUUUCUCAUCUUUCUUCUGAAACUGUUCAUUAUAAUCCUUCUGAUAUAUCUACAUGGCUUGAAAGUAUGUUAUCUGAGCUUAAUCCUAAUCCUAAUUUCGAUCCACAACCUUCUUUAAAUGAUUCAUUUUUUGCUGCUCCUGAAUCUUCCACUGUCACCUCUAUCGAUUUUGCCGAACAACAGAAAUCAAACAAGCAUGCCAGUGGAGUAAUGGCUUUUGAAGAAUCUUCUUCUGAUUACGAUCUUAAAGCUAUUCCUGGUAAGGCUGUUUUUGCUCGAUCUCAUCAAAUCGAUUCCUCUUCUUCUUCUCCUCGAGAUCCCAAACGCUUGAAACCCACUUACCCACCACUACCACCACCACCACCGGCAGCAGCAGCUGCAACAUCUUCAUCUUCUUCUACUAUUAGUGGCGUUUCCGUUUCUGGUUCUGGCUCUGUUUCUUUUGGUGUGUCAACUGAGUCAACUCGUCCAGUGGUCCUAGUGGACUCGCAAGAAAACGGAAUCCGACUCGUUCAUCUUCUAAUGGCUUGUGCAGAAGCUGUUCAAGAUAAUAACCUAACUCUAGCCGAAGCUUUAGUAAAGCAAAUCGGUUUCUUGGCUGCUUCUCAAGCCGGAGCGAUGCGUAAGGUGGCCACCUACUUCGCCGAGGCCUUGGCUCGAAGAAUCUAUAGACUCUACCCACCAAGUCCAGUAGACCAUUCCUUAUCCGAUAUUCUUCAGAUGCACUUCUACGAAACUUGCCCAUAUCUCAAAUUCGCUCAUUUCACUGCAAAUCAAGCAAUCCUUGAAGCUUUUGAAGGGAAAAAGCGAGUCCAUGUCAUCGAUUUCUCCAUGAAUGAAGGUAUGCAAUGGCCUGCUUUAUUACAAGCUCUUGCUCUUAGACCUGGUGGCCCGCCAGCUUUCCGGUUAACCGGAAUUGGACCUCCUUCGCAUGAUGAUUCCGAUCACCUUCAAGAAGUAGGGUGGAAAUUGGCUCAGUUAGCGGAGACGAUUCAUGUUGAGUUUGAAUAUAGAGGAUUCGUAGCUAAUAGUUUAGCAGAUCUCGACGCGUCUAUGCUUGAACUUAGGCCCAAUGAGUUUGAGUCUCUCGCGGUUAACUCAGUCUUCGAGUUACAUAAAUUGUUAGCCAGACCAGGCGCCAUUGAGAAAGUUCUUUCAGUAGUGAAACAGAUGAAACCGGAGAUUGUUACUAUUGUUGAACAAGAAGCGAACCAUAAUGGUCCGGUUUUCUUAGACCGAUUUACUGAGUCAUUGCAUUAUUACUCGACUCUGUUUGACUCGUUAGAAGGAUCGGCGAGUACUCAAGAUAAGGUGAUGUCUGAGGUGUACUUAGGUAAACAAAUUUGCAAUGUUGUGGCAUGUGAAGGGGCAGACCGAGUUGAGAGACACGAGACAUUAACUCAGUGGCGAACUCGGUUGGGCUCAUCAGGGUUUGUGCCGGUUCAUCUCGGGUCCAAUGCGUUUAAGCAAGCAAGCAUGUUACUGGCCUUAUUUGCCGGCGGAGAUGGGUAUAGAGUGGAAGAGAAUAAUGGGUGUUUGACGCUGGGUUGGCAUACUCGGCCACUCAUUGCAACAUCGGCAUGGCGGGUCGUCAACAAAUAAGCAGUAACUCGCUGGGUUGUGAACUCGGGCGAGUGAGUCAAGUCAACUCUAUUUCAACCUCACCAAAUCGUAGGGGUGGGGAUUGUACUGACGUGGGUAAAAAAUUGAGACCCACCAGUCUCUUAAGUGUGUCUCUUCACUUUUGUGUUCCCUCUACCUCUCUUGUUGUCAUCCUCUUUUAACUGUUUUACAUUUUCACUUUCCUUUUGUUUAGGUAAAUUACCUCUUUCGUUUUUU